AUGUCGAUAGAAAGCAACACCUUCUGGCUGCUCCUGGCACCUGUGGGUUUGAUCACCUUUUACUGGUUGUGGAAAAAGACCAGAAAAUCUUAUGCUCAGUUUAACGUGCCUCCAUUUCCCGUACGACAGUGGCCCGUUGUUGGGCACUUCUUCAUGUUGUUUGGGGACGUGAGGGACAAAAUCCAAGUCUGGCGGAAGAAAGCCGGGGACAUCUACAGCCUUGACCUGGUGGGGCAGCUUCACGUUCUAUUCAACAACUUUGACGACAUCAAAGAAGUCUGGGUUAAACAGGCGGACAAAAUUGUCAACACUCAACAUAGUUUCGGCGAUGAGAUUCUCGACGAAUACAACACGGGUAUAACCUCAGCAAGAGAUGAGAACUGGAAGGAACAAAGAUCUACAUCCAUAUCUAUUCUUCGAACUUUUGGAAUGGGAAAGAAUCUGAUGGCUGAGAAAAUUCUAGAAGAAGCUGCAGUAAUUAACGACAAACUGGCUUCCCUGAAAGGACAACCCAAAGACGUGGCUCUGAUUCUGAACGCGAGUGUCGCAAACGUCAUUUCUUCUGUCGCUGUUGGCAAACGAUUUGACUAUGAAGAUCCGGACUUCUUGAGUUUGAUUCAACGAUUAAAUACUUUUGUCAAGUAUAUCGGAAACAUGCAGGUUCUGACCCCCUUGAAACAGUUGGUACAUCUUCCUGGAGAUUUGUUACAUGUUAAAGAAUGGGCCAAAGCGACUGCAGAAAUUACCGAAGGUUAUAGUAAGCCAUACGUUCGUCAGUAUCAGAGAGAAUAUAACGAAAAUGAAGAGCCACAGAAUUUUGUUACUGCAUAUCUCAGGGAAAUGAAGAAGAAAAAAGAUAAGAAGGUGCAGUCCAACUUGAAUGAGAAAAACUUGAUUGCCAUCAUCAGAACCCUUUUCGCAGCCGGAUCAGACACGACCAGCACUACCAUCCUGUGGUGCUUGCUCUACAUGUUGCACCAUCCCAGAGUUCAGGAGAAAGUUUUCCGUGAAAUCGUGGCUAAUGUAGGCACUGAACGGCUGCCAAACAUGGCUGAUAAACCCAAACUAACCUACCUCAACGCUGUAAUCAAUGAAGUCCAACGCAUGGCAGCUAUCGCUCCAAUAGGACUACGCAGGGAAGUCUCAGAAAGCUUCACUGUCCGUGGCUUUAGCAUACCUCAAGGAAGUAUUAUCUGGCCAGUUAUAGAUUCCGUUCACUACGAUCCCAAAAUCUGGGGAGACCCAGAGAACUUCCGGCCUGAAAGAUUCAUUGAUGAGAAUGGAAGCCUACUCAACCGUGAAGAACUCAUCCCGUUCGGCAUUGGUAGAAGGGUCUGCAUGGGAGAAGCUUUGGCCAGAAUGGAGCUGUUCUUAUUUCUCUCCGCCAUGUUUCAGAGGUUUAGAUUUGAAGCAGAAAACAAAUCUGCUGAACUUCCAUCUCUGAAAGCAACGAUUGGAACAACGCUUGUGCCUCAGCCAUUUCAGAUGAGAUUCAUCGAAAGAAAGUAA